GGCCGGGCAAGGGGCUUGGAGCGAGCCGGGCCAGGCGCUUUACGACGCCGAAGAAGAUGUCGGGCUGCCCUGCCAGUGCCGGGUACACGAUAUGGAAGUGGCGGACGCCGCCCAGCCCCAGCCGGGUGCCCGCUUGUGUUGCUGUUGCGCCCGCCGCGGAAGAUGCGGGACGCCCGGAGCUGAGAAAAGUACCUGUCCUGGACUUGGCCUGUUCUAUGGACUGUUGUCUGCUUGCCUCUUCUCAGUGGUUUCUUUAUUUCUGAAGAUGAUUGAAGAUGUGCAUUCGGUAGAAGCCAGUGCCUUUCGAUGUAUUUUCCAAAUAGUGUUUGUUCUUCCUGCUUUAAUAUACCACAAGACAGGAUUUCUGGGACCAAAAGAAAAACGCGUUUUCCUUUUCUUACGAGGAUUGCUUGGCUCUUGUGCAAUGAUUCUUCUCUAUUAUGCUUAUCAAGUCAUGCCUCUGGCGGAUGCGGUCGUUAUUUCCUUCAGCAGCCCCGCUUUCACAACCCUGUUUGCCUGGAUAUUUCUAAAAGAGAAAUGUAGUCCUUGGGAUCUUUUUUUCGUACUAGUUACAAUCACUGGAGUGGUGCUGAUUGCAAGACCGCCCUUCUUGUUUGGAUCCAAAGUCUCAGGAAUUGAAGGGAGCUACACAGAUCAUCUCAAGGGGACAAUAGCGGCUCUUUUAAGUGCAAUCUCUGCUUCUUCAGCUUUUGUUAUAAUAAGAAAAGUGGGGAAAUCAGUGCACUACUUUUUAACCAUUUGGUAUUAUGCAAUAAUCGGAUUAAUAAUAAGCAUAGCAACCCUUUUCGUGCUAGAUUCAUGGAGUUUACCUAAUUGUGGCAAAGACAGAUUUCUCUUAAUACUAAUUGGACUGUUUGGGUUGGGUGGUCAGAUAUUUCUUACAAAAGCUUUACAGAUUGAGAAAGCUGGGCCAGUUUCUAUAAUGAAAACUAUGGCUGUUGUGUUUACUUUUAUUUUUCAGAUUAUUUUCCUCAACCAUUUGCCCAGCUGGUGGUCAUUUGGGGGUGCUCUUUGUGUAGUGACUAGUGGCAUUGGAACUGUUAUUUGGAAAUGGAAACAAAGCUGAGCCACACACACACAUAUACACAGAAUGAACUGUAUCCAGGUGGCUAGGGUUCCAUUGAGGAAAUAGAGCAGAUAUAUUAUUUAAUUUCUAGAAUAUAUCUAUUUAUCUGUGCCAUCCGAGUCUUUUCCAGUAACUGCUACUACCACUUUCCCUGUCAGCAGAAUGUCUAGUUCUUUUGUACGUCAGCCUUGAUCCAAAAACGGUGAAACUUUUCUUGAGUGCCCAAGGAAGUUUUGAACUUCCUAUUUCUUAUUUUUUUUAUUCCAACACCCCAUAAAAUUCUGAAAUUAAUGGGAUUUUCAUGUGCUAUUUCUGUUCAAAGAAAAAAGGAAAGUUUUUUUAAUCCACUAGUCAUGCCUGAGGCAAUUGGGUGUGCCCAAAGAAACUCCAUGGAUCCGAGGCAUGUUUCAUAUGACGUGUAUUUCUGUGACUUAUACCAGUUCAUUCAUAACAGGGAAAAAAGGAUGAUGAGAAACCUGCAAACCUUCUUUUUCCAGUCGUCUUGUAACUUGAAGUAGAGAUCUAUGAGCUGUAGAAUCAUCUUGAGCUGUAGAAUCUCAUCUUGGGAGGGAUCUAGAACUCUCACCUAAAUCUGCAAGUAGGAAAGGAAGCAUUAGUGGCUUGGAGCCACCAGAACUUCCUGCUGAUGCUAAUGGAUUUCCAUCAGUUCAGUGCCCCUCCCUCCCUCCCUCUCUCCUGCUGAAGCCAAAAAUACACCCUGUGCUGGUCAUGGGGAACAGGGGACCCCCUUCCCUUGUGAGUUUAUGGAAAUCUUCCUCUGUAUCCAAUCCAGUGACUUGUGUUUCCUGUUUUCGACUUUUGUGCAACAUAUGACAUAGUCCUUGCUUGCUGAAUGAGUUUGACAUUGAUCAGGGAACCCAUGUAUGAAGGUAAUAUACUUCAGUAGUGCUCAGAGGAACUCCAGUGACAACAGUCAUGACUUCUAGUUGCACAUGCCGGGCUGAAUCAUGCUCAGUUUAUAGUUUAAUCAAAUAGUGUCUUCAGUUCAGUAGUGUUGUGGUAAAAUUCCCUUGUAAUUCAUUUGCACAAGCUUUUAGGUGGCAUUUUAUGUUUUAGAAUCAUAUGAACUUUAUAAAACAAAUGUUCACUUUAUAAAAACAAAGAAACCCAACCCUCAGGAUUCUACAUUCCUUAUUCUUGAGAUCAUUUCAUGUUUGAGGGGUUUUUUUGUUUUUGAAACAGGUACACUUUAGAAUUCUUUAUUUUUCAAGUUAAUGUUUGCUAGGUGUUCUGAUGACAGUCGUUUUUACAUGAGCAAUUUAAGCAAUUUUUACACUGUAUUUGUAGUAACAUAAGCAUUUUUAAUGAAACUGUCUAUUGUCCCUGCAUACAGGCAGGAAAGCCAUGUUAGACUUGCCCAUCAUAAAAUCCAAAUACAUGAAUGGGCAUUAUUUGUUUUCUAUAUGGCUGUGUUUAUUUAACAGGUCACAUUCUAGCUGCUCCCUUGCUCAGUACUAUGCAAAAUGUUUUUAAUACUUGCUUGUUUAACUGUGCAAUUAAAUUAGCAUGAGCUUACCCAUUCACAAUAAUGUUGACAAUAGUCCCACUCACAGUUGUAUAAAGCCACAGUUGUGAGUGGGGAAGUCUGAAUUCUGCGCAGAUGUUAUACAGAUGAAUGUACACAUAAUGCAAUAUAAGGAUGUCACCGCGCAUUUGGUCUCAAAAUAUACAUGUGGAUUAGACUUCGGAUAAAUCAGGGAUUUUGAUAGUGGAUGCUGCUCUGUGGGGACUGAUUGCACAUUCAUUUAUCAUUGUUUUAUUCAUAGUGAUACCAUAUCUGCUGACAGUCUGAUCAGCCUAACCACAGACAUGGCAUUAUGGUUCAGUUGGCAUUUUUAUCCUUUUGCCUAUUCAGUGCAAAUAUUCCCUUGGUGGUGGGGAGCUACUAUGUCAUAGGGAUUGGAUCUUAGAAACCCAAAUGCAAAUCUUCCUGCUAUCCUAGGUGAUCCUGAGCCAGUCCCACUCAACCUAACCUACCAUUCAGGGUGAUUGUGAAGAUAAAAUGCGGAACGGUAAUCCAUGUAUGGCACUCCGAAAUCCUUGAAAAAAGGGUGUAAAAAAAUGUUCAGGACAGCACAACCUACAUGUUGUGUGCUCACCCAUACAUUGCAGGAUUUUCCUUGUGUAGUGCCUUAGUUGCCAAUUUAGUUUUUAAAAAUCUGUCACUGUUCCUCUGAGGGUCUCUUGUGCAACCUAGUGUUCAUUAACUUCUUUCUCCCCAACCAAGUUUUUUUCCAUAAAAAUUAGGAUGCAACUCUUGUGUUUACUUUGAUUUAUGUUAUCACUGAUUGUAUAUCAAGUGACAGUGUCAGAAUGGGAGUAUCAGUAAAUAAA